UGUAACAUAUUUUCAGAAGUAGAGAGACGUUUUAUUGACGGCAAAUGGUUUUGCGAAGACGGUAACGGCGGAUAUUUUGUUUAUGAGCAAGAUGAAUGGAAGCAGUUUGAAGGUGGUGAUAUGAAUGAGAAGUGGGAGAAGGCUAAGCCAAUCAAUCCCAAUCGUUGCGUUAUUGACGGUGUCAAUGAAGAUUUUCUGGCUCUUUAUCAUGCGAAUUACGGCAUCAAAUAUGAUUUCGGCAGUUCAGAAGGAACAAGUACUUCUGACGAUAAGCCAUCUGCAAAGGAACAUGAGGGGGAGAAAGCUCAGGGAUAUUUUGCAGGUUGGAUCAAUUUUGACGAAUCUCAGAUCUCAUCUGUUUAUGUUUCCAAUCUUCCAACAGACAUAACGGAGGAAAUGUUUGUUGAUUUAAUGAGUAAGUGCGGCGUCAUCCAAAGAGAUCCAAGGACCAAUAAACUGAAAAUUAAGUUGUAUAAGGAUGCGGAAGGUAAUUUGAAGGGAGAUGCAACCUGUUGCUACAUCAAGAAAGGAUCUGUUGAUCUUGCUUUAAAAAUAUUAGAUGGUUGGGAUAUCAAUGGGAGAGAAAUUCACGUGGAGAAAGCGAAGUAUGAGAUGAAAGGGGAAUUUGAUCCUUCCAAAAAACGCAAAAGGCUAACUGCGGCUCAGAAAAAAAAAUUCCUUGAAAAUCAACAACGGAUUUUCGAGUGGAAACCGGAGAAGUCACGUAAUUACCGCCCAAUUAGUGACUGCACGAUAAUAAUGAAAAAUAUGUUUACUGUUGAAGAAAUGAUGAAAAAUGCUGCUCUUGUGAUGGAUCUUGAGGAAGAAAUCCGUAAAGUUUGCGAACGAUUUGGAAAGGUGAAGAAAAUUCGCGUAUAUGACAACAAUCCUGAGGGAGUAAUAUCUGCUACUUUUGAAAACGUUGAGCAGUCUGAUCUGGCAGUCAAAUCACUUAACGGCCGCGUUGUAGACGGCCGCUGUAUAAACGUGGCCUUAUGGGACGGAAAAACGAAAUAUUAUAUAGUGGAGACGGAAGAACAGAAACAAGCUCGGCUUGCUGAAUGGCAGAAACAUAUUGGAGAAGGCAGUGAGGAUUAA